UUACAACUUGACUUUUGACAGCCGACCACCUUAGGGGGUCAUAUUUCUUUCUUAUCAGAUUUGUUGCACUCGAAAUUGCAAAAACAUCACAAGAUCGUAUUAUUUGUCUGUCUUCCAAACCGAGAACAACACCCUACAGAAUGGAAAAUUCCUACAGUUCCUACAAAUCGCCACUCAGUUCGCGGUACGCGAGCAAAGAAAUGCAAUAUCUAUUCAGUGACCAGUUCAAGUUUUCCACAUGGAGGAGGCUCUGGAUUAUCCUAGCCCAGGCUGAGAAGGAGAUUGGUCUUUCCAUUACGGACGACCAAAUCGAGGAAAUGAAAUCUGCCGUCAACGACGUCGACUUCGAGGCCGCCGCAGCAGAGGAGAAAGCAACUCGGCACGAUGUGAUGGCCCACGUUCACGUGUUCGCCAAACAGUGCCCCAAAGCGGCCCCAAUCAUCCAUUUGGGAGCGACUUCUUGCUACGUGGGCGACAACACAGAUCUCAUUGUUAUCAAAUCCGGUCUAGAGUUGGUUCUCAAGAGGUUGGCGGUGUUGAUACAGAACCUGAAAAAGUUCGCGCUGGAGUACAAAGACGUUCCUACAUUGGGCUUCACACAUCUGCAGCCGGCGCAACUCACCACUGUGGGCAAGAGGGCGACUUUGUGGAUUCAAGACCUCGUAAUUGACGAAAGAGCAAUAAGGCGAUGCCGGGACGAUCUUAGAUUCCGCGGAGUGAAAGGGACGACCGGCACCCAGGCAUCCUUCCUAACUCUAUUCGGAGACGACCACGAAAAGGUGAAGAAGCUGGACCAGCUUGUCACCCAGUUGGCGGGUUUCUCAAAGAGCUACAAGGUAACGGGCCAAACCUAUUCCCGGAAAGUGGAUGUCGAAGUGGUUGGGGCUCUAUCCAGCCUGGGAUGUUCCAUACACAAAAUGUGCUCUGAUCUGCGGAUUUUGGCUUCACAUAAGGAACUCGAAGAACCUUUCGAAAGCACCCAAAUCGGGUCCUCGGCGAUGCCCUACAAACGUAACCCCAUGCGUUCGGAACGCUGCUGCGCUCUUGCCCGUCAUCUGAUCACUUUACACUCGAACGCAGCCAACACUCAUGCCACGCAAUGGAUGGAGCGGACGCUGGACGACUCCGCCAACCGUCGCAUAACUCUUUCAGAGGCAUUCCUCUCCGCCGAUGCAGCUCUUCUCACGCUGACCAACAUCUCACAGGGGAUCGUAGUCAAUCAGAAAGUAAUCGAGCGCUGGAUCAACCAGGAGCUGCCGUUCAUGUCUGCCGAGAACGUUAUCAUGGAGAUGGUGAAAAAGGGGGGCGACCGCCAAGUUUGCCACGAGAAAAUUCGCGUCUUAUCGCAAGAGGCAGCUGCCCAAGUGAAGCAAUUCGGCCGCGAGAACGAUUUAGUCGAACGGAUCAAGCGGGAUGAAUAUUUCACGCCUAUUUUAGGGCAAUUGGAUAAGAUUUUGGACCCGAAGACCUUCAUUGGUCGAGCUCCACAGCAAGUCGUCGAGUUCCUCGAGGAGGAAGUGGAUCCGAUCUUAGAAAUGUACGUGGAUUCUCUCAAGGACGCGAAGUCUGUUUCGUUGGCCAUUUAAAAGCUGGAUGUGUGGCGAAAUCACAAGUUCCUCAAUUGGGUGUGAUACUCUGGUGCUGCAAAAGUAGUUUUACAUUCUAGCGUUAGGCAAAAAGUAAUCAUAGAAGACUUCGGAUCAUGUUCAAAACUCUGCUAAAUCUUUUUCGAUGUAAUCUCUGCAGCGAUAUACAAAAUACACGAACUUAUCUUAAU